AUGGGCACGGGCAGCAGCAGGCCGGGGAAAGGGCGCAGCUUGGUGAAGCCUUGGCGUGGCCCCGGCCGGGGCAGCGGGAGCAUCAGCGCCCCCGCCAGGCAGGGCCGAGCAGAGGAGGAGCAGGGCGCGGAGCCCAGGUGCUACAGCCAAACGCCGGCGCGCGCCACCACCUCACCGUCGGCGGGCGAGUCCGACUCAGACUCGGAGCUUCUGGACCGGGUGCUGGAGGAGUGCGGCGACGAAGGGCUCGGGCAGCCGACGGGGCGACGCCGCCGCCGCCCCCUCCUCCUCGAGGCCGCCGGGGAUGGCUGCUCCCGCCCGGCAGAGGGCAGCGGCGAGGAGGUCUUUUCAGCAAGAUCCACUCCAGGUCUAGAGAGCAACAACUUUGCCAACCAGCUGCCACUGAAGAAGCUUGAGAGGCAGGCCAAGAUAUCCUACGAUUACUCCGAAGAGGAGCUGAUGGCAACGAUUGAGCAGGAAUACUGUCGCUGAAGCCGAUUGUGGGCUGUGCCAACAGUGCCUUGUGAACAAGCUCACUAUGGGGCGAGAUAGUUGAAGCUGCAGUGGUAUUUCUCAGAAAGGUGUUUUCUCUGGGAUGGGGUGGGGAGGGAUGGGGAAAGCAAGAGCGGAGAAGAAGGCAUGGCACCAUCCAAGAAGGCUGGUAGAAUCCUCAAACAGCCUGGAGAAGCUUCUGCAGAGCUCUCUCUGCCAUUAUGUCAGGAUGUGGCCUUAUAGGGACUCAGUUGUGCCCAUUUGGGAAAAUACAUCUCCAAAGCUGGUGCACCUACAGGCAGACUGUCAAGUUUUCCCGGAUUUAUGAAGGCACCAUCACCAUUGUCCUCAGUGUCUUGGGAGACAUGCAGCAAGGGACUUGAAUGGUUGUUUUCGACUGUCUGCACUUUUGCCUUUCCUGUGGGCCAUCUUUGAUCCUGUCAGACCCCAAGCACUAACCUAUAUAUUAUUAAAGCAUAUAUUCCCAGCAAA